AUGGAAGCACACGUCGACGUCACUGAGAAGCUACUGCCCAAGAUGGAGCCGACUGCACCUCAGCGCCAACGCCAGCGGGUCGGCGAACGUCCGCUCGCAAACUCAAAGCCCAGCACAAGCAGCGGAAGUGUGUCGCUUCGGACCGCUGCCUCUCCUGUGGGUUGCGGUCUAACCGGCCGACUGCGGCUUGCAGCGUGGCUGAUCUCCAUCUCCUCGUUCAUGUGGGGUCUCAGCGCCGCCGUACUGAAUGUUUGUAUCGUUCCGGACGCGGUGGGCUCCAUACUCGUUGAUAUUAAUCUCAGUACGGAGGAGCAGGAGCUCGCCACGGCGCUGGUUGUUGUGGGCUGCGUGCUGGCAGCUCUCACCACGGGCGGCGUCGGUGCGCGCGUGGGACAGAAAAAAACUAUACUGGUCAACAAUGUGCUCUACAUAGCUGGUGGUGCUAUCUGUGCGCUAGCCACGUCCAAGCGCGUGCUUUAUGCCGGCCGACUGCUCAUUGGGCUCGCGUCGGGUGUCGUAACCAACACAGUUCCGAUCCUGCUGACGGAGAUCUCGCCUGCUAUCUCGCGCGGAGAGAUCACGUCACUGCAUCAACUUAGUCUGACGAUAGGCAUGCUGGUAACAGCCGUACUGGGCUUUUUCUUUAUUUCCAAUGUGCCUUCCGGGUGGAGAUACCUCAACGGAUUCAUGAUCCUGCCGCCAUUGGUGCAGUGUCUGUGCGCGUCACUUGUACCUGAAAGUCCAUGGUGGCUUAUGAAGAACCAAGGACGUGACGAAUGCCGUGCGACGCUGGUAUUUCUACGUCCAAGCAACCAGAAAAGUGUCAUUGAAACAGAAGUGCAGGAAAUCGCUCGCGUGAUGGAGCACCGUCAGCACGAACCUCACGUAACCUGGUCGCACCUUCUGGCACACAAGAAAGUCAUGGUGACAGGCACUAUCCUCGUAUUUUUCCAGGCGAUGACAGGUAUCAACACUGUGAUGCUCUACUCCGCCAAGAUUUUCCACUUUGCAGGAGUGACGAACCCAUUUUUCGCCACGGCUGUUGUGGGUUUCACCAACGUGGGCGUCACGAUAAUAUCCGUGCGCUUUGUGGACUCAUAUGGACGCCGCCCGCUACUUAUCGUGGGUACUUCUAUCAUGAUUAUCGCACUCGGAGUUUUGAGCUGGUCGCUGCUCUACCUCAACAGUAAUCUUGCAGUCCAGGGUACGGUAGCUGUUAUUUCAGUGCUCAUGUUUGUUGGAGGAUUUGCCGUUGGUCUCGGGGCUGUCGUGUGGGUCAUGCUGGGAGAUAUUACGCCAGUGCAUAUCCGCUCGCGAGCGUUCGCUUUCUAUAUGGUCGUGAGCUAUAUCUGCAACAUCGUAAUCGCUGUGUACACGCUGUCUGCUAUCAGCUUCUUGGGUCGCGGUUCCAAUCCCGAGAAAAACGGUAUCGCCAAGCUCUAUCUAAUUCUCUGUGGUGUUGCUGUUGUGUGCCUUGCGUACAUCUACGCUUCAGUAGAAGAGACUUCGCAUGUCAAAACGGCACCUGCGAAGGUCGCUGAUGAUCAGAAAUCGCUUUUGGCGGAGGAGGGACUAGAAACAUUAGACGAGGACUUUGGCAUCCCACGUCAUACGACUGAUCUUUAG